AUGCUCGGAGUGAUAAUGCUGAUGCUUCAGUUUGGAUAUUCCAUAGAUGCAGGCAGAGCUUCAUGCUCUGAAUCGGAAUGGCAGUGUCUAUUGGCGGACGGAUGUGCUGUCGGGCGACUUUGUGUCGAAGUUGACCCUAUCUGCUGGGCCAGAUCAUUAAGACAGCAAUCGAAUGUCAAGUACCUGCAAAUGGAAGAUCAGCACUUGGCGAAACGAUCGUCUCUUAUCUUCCCUGAUGAAAUCGCCAAUAGAGAUGUUACCUUAGGUAGCUUCCAUGGCUGCGGGAAUAAGCCGCUAGGGAUCUUAUCUUGA